AUGACUGAACGGUUGAAUAUAAGUCCGGAUUUAAACCUGGAAGCCCAAGACAUGGGUUUUAUUUCGAAAUUUCCAAAACCACUAGUCCCAAAGAUGGUCAAAAUGGAUAUCAAGAGAAGUUUGCUGAAAAAAGAAAAUGCUGCUGGUUCUCUAGGAGAAGAACAGCAGCAAAUGUCUUCUACACCCAAGAUGUUGAUCUCUGAAAAAGCAAAAGAAAUUCCACAAAAGCCUACAUAUUCCUUAAUGACAACACAAUCUAAAAAGAAAUCGCAAGACAAAAAUUCAAAUGCUACCACGAAAAUAUUGCCCAAUCAAGAUGAUGAUAUUGACACUUUUCUAAAGUCAAUAGAUGAUGAUGAGAAUGACAAGCGUGAUAACGUAAAUCGAUCCGGUAAAAUCAAAAACAUCACACCAACAAACCCCCAAAGAACAAUGAAAACUAUCAAAGGUAUACAAUCGACACAAUACAAUAUCGAAACAAAAGAAGAAUGGCUCGAUGAUAUCCUUGGUUAG